ACAGACACUCUCGCGCGCGCGCACCUCACAAAACAUCCUGACAGGAUCAGGGAUUUUAUUACAGUUCACUAAACGUCACUGGAUGACUGGAUUUGUACUUUUCCCUUCUGUACGUGAUUAAUGUAAGCAAGAAAGCGAGAUGUCUUCGUCUACAGAGAUGACGGCCACUACGAAGAUCACUCCUGAGGUGCUCCAGGAACUCCUGCAGUACUACAACCUCUCCCGGCAGGAAUUCAUCGAUACCUACGACAUCCAGCCUCUGGUUUACAUCCCCGAACUCCCUGCCGGAGCCAAAACCACAUUUGUCGUCAUGUACGUGAUUAUUUUCGUGCUAGCGCUGGUUGGAAACAGUUUGGUGGUUUAUAUUGUGGUGCGUAAACGCGCGAUGCGCACGGCGACCAACAUCUUCAUCAGCUCGCUGGCGGUCAGUGAUCUGCUCAUCACCUUCUUCUGCAUCCCGUUCACACUGCUGCAGAACAUCUCAUCAGAGUGGCUGGGAGGGGUUCUAGUAUGUAAGACCGUUCCUUUUGUGCAGACCACUGCCAUCGUAACCGGCAUCCUCACCAUGACCUGUAUUGCUGUCGAGAGAUACCAGGGCAUUGUUUAUCCACUCAAAAUGAAAAGGCAGUACACGCCGAAGCGAGCCUACAAAAUGUUAGGGCUGGUGUGGAUCGCUGCGGUCAUGGUGGGAUCACCGAUGCUGUUUGUGCAACAGUUAGAGGUGAAGUACGACUUCCUGUACGACCACCACCAUGUGUGUUGUCAGGAGCGCUGGCAUUCGCUGGUGCACCGUCAGGUUUACACCACCUUCAUCAUGGUGGCGCUGUUCCUGCUGCCGCUGGCUGCCAUGCUCUUCCUCUACAGCCGCAUCGGGAUCGAGCUCUGGAUCCGGAAACGUGUAGGAGACUCUUCCGUCCUCAGCACCAUGAACCACAGAGAGAUCAACAAAAUCUCUAGGAAGAAGAAACGUGCCGUCAAAAUGAUGAUCACCAUUGUGCUGCUGUUCACCAUCUGCUGGGCACCAUUUCAUAUCGUGCACAUGCUGUUUGAGUACAAUGACCUGGAGAAGAACUACGACGAGGUCACGGUGAACAUGAUCAUCGCUGUGGUCCAGGCCAUCGGCUUCUCCAACUCCUUCAACAACCCCAUUGUCUACGCCUUCAUGAACGAGAACUUCAAGAAGAACUGCGUCGCCACUCUUUCUGCUUACCUGCGGCGUCCCGGCCACCAGGGCGGCGCCGUACAGAGGCCGAACCUCAGCGUGCACUUCUCCAAACACCUCAAAACGGAGGCGUUCAGCAGCAACACCACCAGCGGGAACAACGAGAACCUGCAAACGCAUCGGAACCGAGUGUUGUCCUCUUCACAUGGCGAUCUGGAGAUAUCGACGGCGUUCGCCGAGCAGAAAGUCACAACCGCUGCAUCCCAGCUACCUUCCAGCAGCUCCUGCGUGAAAUAA